UUACCUCAUUUUUCUUCUAUUCCUACAUCUAUCUAUAUGACUUCUACAUCUUACAGAAAGCCAAAGACAUGAGAUAGAAGAUGAUUCAAGAAACAAGAAAGUCCACCGCCACUCCCUAAACACCCAACCCCACUCCAUCCCCACCCCCACAAAAUCAAGAAGAGUACACACCAUCAAACUCUCUCUAAUGGCCCAGCUGGACCAAAAAUUAUGCAUAGGAAGAAAAACUCCAAAAAAAAAGGAAAGAAAUCAAGAAUGGCAAAAGGGGAGAUUUCUUCAAAGUCCUCUAACCAAAAGACACAAUUUUUACCACAAAUACCCUUUCUGCUACAAACCCCUCACCCCACCCCCCCACCCGGCCCAACAAUAAAAAUACCCAUCCCACCCCCCUUUCUCUCCAUCUUCAUCACUAUCUUAAAAGAACAACAAACAAGAAACACAAUGUUUUGUGUAUUAUGUACUAUUACUGUUUUUUCUUUUUCCUUCUUUUUUCUUGUUUACCGGUUUAUGUGGAUUUGUCUUGGUCAGAGUUUUUUUUUUCCUCACAACAAUACACUCUCUAUCUCUUCUCCACCCCCACCCCCCAAACCCCCAAUUGUGUCUGUCUUUUCUAUUCUUUCUCUAUUACCCUUCUUUCCUCUUUCUUACCCUAUUUGUAUUGUAUUAUUGUUCUAUCUUUUCCUUUCACACGCCUCUUUUCUCUUCUUUUUUCUCUUUUUCUCUCUUCUGCCGCCAUACCCUUUUCUUGAUUUUGUCUAUUUGGUCCAAAGAUUGGUUCUUUUUUGUGAUUUAAGUAUUGGUUUGCUUGAUUUCUCUGUGAUUUGAUUGAUAUGUCUAAGAAGAUGAAAAGGGUUGCUUUAGAAUCAUCACCUUAUGUGGUGUUUAAGGAUAAUAAGGCUAGAUUCAAGCAUCAGACUCUAUUACAGGACUAUCAAGAACUCCAUAAGGAAACUAAUUACACGAGGGACAAAUUGGAAGCCGUGAAGAUGAGGAAACAAAGAUUACUUGCUGAAGUUCAUUUCUUGCGCCAAAGACACGAAUACCUAUCGCAGAUGAAGUCAUCAAGCCAUCCGGAAGAGCAAGAACGAGCAGCGCUGCCGAACUUUGAGUUUUACUGUAAAAAUGGGGUGAAAGAUCGAUUUCCCAGCAAAAAGGAGGCAAAGCAACACAAACUGCCCCCUCUUCCUGGGAUGAAACAAAAAGUGAGGAUUCAAGUUGCAAAGGAACCUUCUUUGCAGAAGAUGCCUUUUGAUAUUCUUGUGAAUCAUAAGCAGGCAUUACAUAUUGAGAAAGACGCUGUUCAGCGUAGUACAGUCUCAAGUUUGAAGUAUAAAUCAAGAGUAUAUAGUGGUAAGGAAGUGCUACUCCGAAAAGCAGCUCCAGCAUUUGAUUUGAAUCAGAAUGACAGGUCAUUCGCUGGGAAUGGUUUUAUUUCGAGGAGCACCACACCCAUCUUUGAUUUGAAUCAGGAAACUGGUCAUGGCGGGAAAGAUGUUGUAUUGCCUGGUCGAGCUCCAGUCAUUGAUUUGAAUGAAAUCUCGAUUGGAGAAGAGGAGCCCCAAGCUAAUUUUGAAACAUUGAACUUUGAGGAGCCAAAGAGAGGAUUAAUUCAAAACAUGAAUGAUGACCAGCACAGAGACUUAAAGUUAUCGAUAUGCAGAAAUGUGGGAGAAGGAACUUCUCAUGUUGAGAAGCGGAAAAUAUCGUGGCAAGAUCCUGUUGCUUUGAGAGUUUGAUCCAUCCUUCAAUUUUCAAUAAAUACCACUCAUAACUUUUGAUCUAGGACGAGCGCUAUUGAAGUUGUAGCUUAUCCAAAGAGGUCUCUACUGAUCCUCGUGGAUUUCUCAGUUAUUAAAAAAAAUACCAAUAGAGGUCUUUUUUCUCCUUAAUAUGUAGGUGUGCUUUUUGCCUUUUUGUAUAAAGAAAAUUUAGAUAUAUCUAGUGAUAAUGAUACCCAUGCUAUAUUUGAUUGGCAAUAAUGAAAAUAUAGUCAACAUAAUUGGUUCUCUACAUUAAGUAGAAUAUAUUUGUCAGUAGUUCCCUUGAAGAAUGCUAUCUUUAGAAUUUUGUUUUGGCUUUCUUUACUUUCAGUUUUCUUUUCUCGAACUGUUUUGAUAUGUUUUUCCCUGAAGUAAGGGUCUAUUGGAAAUAAUAACUCUCUACUCAUGGUUUGCGUA